AUGAUAACGUCUGGAACGCUCAAAUCAGUCCUUUCCCUCUGCCUCGCUCUGUCCACCACCGUUACCCCCGUCCUCUCCGCCCCAACCCUUUCCGAAACCCCCAGCGCCUGGGUCCCUCGCUCACUCAAAUCCCUCUUCGAGCCCCGCGAGGCGACAUGCAAUGGCGUCGGCGUCCUUCUUUCAAACAGCGGCGCCACAAAGUCCUUCUCAUUCUGGACCAACGCCGACUAUAGCCGGACCCUGCUGAAAACCGUCUCAGUCAACAACGGCGACACCCAAUUCGUCCCCCUCGACUUCGGCUGGGCAGGCACCGUUCAGCGCGGCGAUGCCCUCCCGGCCACAUGGGUUGAAAUGAACAUGGUGGGCGAGGCGUAUGGCGACGUAAGCCUGCAGCAAGGAUGCGACGGGGGCGCAACGCUCGCGUCCACGACCGGCGGGACGACCCAAGGCUUCACUGACAACAUCAACGAGAACACAGACAUACCCGCAGCCGCGUUCUUCAACCCUGCCACGCAAGGCGGUCCCUGUUUCAGCGGCGACCAAUGCACGACGACUGCAACGAAUGUCUUGGAUAGCACUACCGGCAACUGGUGGGCGCCAAGGGCGGCCAAUACUGCAUCUGCCGACUAUAUAUUUGAGAAACUUGGGGGGCAAAACCACACGGAGGCAAUGCAGAAGGCGUUCAUUGGUACUGGGGAUUCAAACACGACGCCGCAGGUCGUUUCGACCAACAACUGUCUCGCUGUUACCUUCUAUUGA